AUGGCGACAUUUGCGGCCACGAGGCCCUCCAUUCGCGUGGGCACUCACGAGGAGCAGUCGCAGCACUUCCCUGCCGCGCUUUCGCCCCCUGAUGCCGCCGCCGCCGGUGCUGGCGUCGGCUCCGCCGCGGCGUCCGGCGCCCCGCCUAGCACGGCGGUGUCCAAACUCGCCGUGAGCAUCCCGCGCGGACACCGCGAGGACGACUUGCAGGCGCUUCCGCUGGAGCUGCUGCAGCAUCGCUCUCAGCGCGGGCCCGCUUCCGCCCCCGGCGCCGCUUCCGCCUCUUCCCGGAGUCACGGCGACGACGUGAAGUCAGCUGAGUCGUCGCCGGUGAUGACGUCAUCCAGCACCUGCAGCACCGGGAGCAGCGGCAGCGCCGGUAGCAGCGGCAGCACCGGGAGCAGCGGCAGCAUCGGCGAUACGAUUACUACUGGUAGCGGAGGCAAGUUAAACGGUCAGCAGCCGCGGGGUCGCAAAAAAUCUCACUCCCAGCGGGAGAGCGGCAACGACUGCUAUCCCACCAGUCCCGUGAAUAACGGCGGCGACGUUUCCCCGCCCGCCAAUACCGCCACUGCCGCCGCCGCCACCAGCGCCGGCACGGCUCGGCGGCCUAAACCCCGCGGGUCCCUCAAGAACCUCCCGGCCGCGGCUCCCAACGACGCACCCACCAAUGCACCUUCCGCCCGAGCGUCGUCUCCCCCCUCUUCCCGCACGACUGCGCCGCCUUCAGCACCCCCUGCGGCGGCAGCGGAGCGCGUGCCUCUCACGGUGUCUGAGGCGGUCGCCGCAUACUCGUCUCGCGAAGCGAACCCUUCGUCGCCUGCAGGCGGUACUACUACUGCUACCACAAUCAGUGGUCCUGGCUACGCUGCUUUGGCUGCUACUAGUGGGGCUGCUAGGCCCACAGCGAUCAAAGUCCGAGCCACACCACCGCGCUCCCACGAUCCCGCGGCUGCUAGCAGUUUCAGGGGCGGCUUGCGCGGCGUCGCUGCUGCGCCAUCCGCCAGCCCAAGCCGCCGCAGCGGCGUGAAUGACGCAGGCAGAGCAGAUGAUGCGCGCGGCGCGCAAAGGAGCAGAGUUGGAAAGUCAACCGAACCUGCUCCCAGCGUCUCCCUAGCUGCGGUUGGCAGAAGCAAGAGCUCUACUAUCACUGCUACCUCGCUUAUUAGCACGUCUGGCGCAAGUAACGCCGCCCGACGAGGCGGCGCGUCCGCCCCCAUCUCCUCCUCCAUGCCCUUCCUCUCCGCCGCCGCCGCCGCGGGAGCCGCCGCGAUGCGCGCAACGGGAGUUGUACCCGUUGCCGCCGCUGCCGCCAAGUGUUUCGGGCCGGGCUCGGGCGGCAACGAGUUCGGCGCGCGGAUGAAUAGCGGCGGGAGCAGCAGCGACGAGGACUGGUCGGACGACGAGGCGGAGCGGGAGCAGGGCGGGGAGGGCGCGGGAGAGGCGGAGCAGCGCGUGCGGGGAGGAGGCGACGCGGAAGAGAAUCGCCGGUGGAACAUGAUCCCCCGCGCCGCCACUGGCGGUAACAAUGCUCCUCCCCGCAGUGACCGCGACGCGGACGCGCUUCCGCCGGUCGACGCAGGCGGUGACGCGACGGACAGCGUCGCCCGGGGGAGCGACAACGACAGCGACUGCUCGUCGGGCGAUUGUGGGGGUUUCGCGGAUGGGGGAGAGGCUCGGCGCAGGGGAACGGCGCAAGUAGAGGCGGCGGAGAGGAGCGAGUGCCGGCGGUUCUCGCUGGCGCAGCUGCAGCAGGCCACUGGUAACUUCGACGACGCGAAUCUGCUCGGCCGCGGCGCCUUCGGACGGGUAUACAAGGGCCAUCUGAUGGGGUGCGAGGUGGCAGUGAAGCGGCUGGAUGGCGACGGGUGGCAGGGCCCAGACGAGUACUGCACGGAGCUGAGGGUGCUGUCGCGCGCACACCACCCGCACCUCGUGCUGCUCAUGGGCCACUGCCCCUCCGCCAUGUGCCUCGUGUACGAAUACCUUCCGGGCGGCAGCCUCGCGGAUUAUCUGGUCGGUCGAAAUGGCACUGGCGGUGGCGGUGCUGCUGGUAACGGUGGUUCCCAACCUGUUACCCCAUCUCGCCCUGCACUGCACUGGUCGGACCGGGUUCGGAUUUUAUCCGAAGUGGCCGGUGCUCUGGUGUUCCUGCACCACAGCGAUCCCCCUGUUGCGCAUCGGGACUUAAAGCCGCACAAUGUCCUUUUGGAUCUGAAUCUUCGCACAAAGCUGGCCGAUGUGGGGUUGGCUCGGCUGAUUGACACGAGCGCAGAUGCGGGCGGCAAUAUGACCGCGAGGGUGCGGGGUACUGCUGGUUACAUUGACCCGGAGGAAGUGGUGACGUGCGAGAUCUCAGUCACUUCGGAUGUUUACGCGCUGGGAAUAAUAAUGCUACAGCUGCUAACGGGGUACAGUAAUGUGAAUCAGGUGCACAAGCUGCUGGCUUCGGCCUCAGCCAGUGCCGUGAGUGCUGCUGGUGGGGGAGGAGGCGGAUACUUGGAGAUGAUCGCAUCCCAUCUCGACCCUGCAGCAGGGGCGUGGCCGCUCCCUUGCGCCCGUGCGCUUGCCUCCCUGGCCAUGCGCUGCGCAUGCAGGCAGCGGCGCCUUAGACCAGACCUGGCAUCGGAGGUGCAUCCUGCUCUCAUGCGCCUCACUUCUCACGCUGCUCGCUCUGCUUCUGCUACUGCUGCUGCUGCUGCUGCGAAUGGUGGUCCUGGUGCGGCUGCUUGCAAUGGCCCUGUUUCUCCUGGUUCGGCUGCAUUAUUUGAAGGCAAGGGAGGAGACAGAGGAGGAAAGGCAGGAGGAGGAGCAGUGGUGGGAGCGGAUGGAGUGCGUGGGACAGAAAUUCGAUGGCCUGGUGCACAUGGCACACAUGGGCAGCUGCUCUGCCCCCUCUCCAAGUCACCCAUGAGUGAGCCAGUGGUAGCAGCAGAUGGGUUCGCAUACGAGCAGCACCACAUGCAGCAAUGGCUUGCAUCCAGCUCCCUCUCUCCGGUCACUGGCCAGCCCCUUCCACACACAUUCCUCACGCCCAAUGUUGCCCUCAAAUCCCCUCCCCCCCCACUGCUGCACCCGCAGCAGGGGGGAGGUAGGAGAAGGGGCGGUGCAGGAGCCGCUCGGGCGACAGCAGAUCGCUUCCCCCCCACUGCUGCACCCGCAGCAGGGGGAGGUAGGAGAAGGAUGAGGGGGGGGGGGGGUCGGUGCUGCAGAUCCCCUCCCCCCUUCUACUGCACAGGGGGAGGUAGGAGAAGGGGGCGGCAGAUCGCGAGGGGCGACGGGGCCAUGGCUAGGGGCGACGGGGCCAUGGCUAGGGACGGGGCCGGGCGCUGGGCAGGUACAGGGCCGGGCGCUGGGCAGGGACUGGGCCGGGCGCUGGGCAGGUACGGGGCCGGGCGCUGGGCAGGUACGGGGCCGAGCGCUGGGCAGGUACGGGGCCGGGCGCUGGGCAGGUACAGGGCCGGGCGCUGGGCAGGUACAGGGCCGGGCGCUGGGCAGGUACAGGGCCGAGCGCUGGGCAGGUACAGGGCCGGGCGCUGGGCAGGUACGGGGCCAGGCGCUGGGCAGGUACUGGGCCGGGCGCUGGGCAGGUACGGGGCCGGGCGCUGGGCAGGUACGGGGCCGGGCGCUGGGCAGGUACGGGGCCGGGCGCUGGGCAGGUACGGGGCCGGGCGCUGGGCAGGUACAGGGCCGGGCGCUGGGCAGGGACUGGGCCGGGCGCUGGGCAGGUACGGGGCCGGGCGCUGGGCAGGUACGGGGCCGGGCGCUGGGCAGGUACGGGGCCGGGCGCUGGGCAGGUACGGGGCCGGGCGCUGGGCAGGUACGGGGCCGGGCGCUGGGCAGGUACGGGGCCGGGCGCUGGGCGCGGAAUGGGGCCGGGCGCGGGGCUAG